AAUAAAAAAGCUAUAAAAAAAAAAGUGGAACCAACAAAACCAAGAUUGAAACUUGAAGGGCAACAACUCCCAGUGCAUGCCUUGUCUCUUAUAAUCUUGAACAUGUUUAGGUAGUUUGUUCUGUCUGUAUAUGAGAUAGAGAGGUUUCAGGAGGAACACGGAAAGUCUCCUCAACAAAAUCAUAAGAAUCUCACAAAAACAUUAUCAGAGGAGGAGGAGGAGGAGGGCACACACAGUGUAAAGUUGCAAGUACAGCCCAUAAGCAAUCACUCUCACUUUGGGUCAUGUGUUUUCUUGAUUUAUAAUAUUCCCCCAGUUCCAUUUUUUUUUUUUUAACCAAAAAAAAUUCCCACAAGGUAUAAGAAAAACCCCAUCAUUCCAGUCUGUUAAAUCUCUCUUUUGUGGUUCCCUUGAUGCUUGACAUCAAAGCUCUCUUCAAUCAUUCUCAGAGGCUCAUAAAUUAAUGAGCUUUGAAGGGUUUUCAGAGAAUUAUCAGAGAUAGCCAUAGUUGGUUGUUGGUGAGUGUGUGUUUGCUGCUAGUUUGCUGUUUCUGCACUUUCUGCAAAUUCUUUUUCUUGGGUAUUUAAAGUUUCCCCUUUUAUGCAUAUUUAGGACCCCUCAGGGCUAGAUUUGUUAGCCCUAACUGAAACAAGGUCUCUGCAGGUUCAAGAAUUGAAGUUUGCCCUUUCUGCUUCUCUGUGCUUAUUUGUGUAUUUUUUUUUCUUUAUUUUCGUUUGUUUGCAGAAUACAGUGCAGAAAUUAAGGUUUUGUUUUGAAUUCUUGGAAGUUGGAAUGUCUGUUCUCUCCUGAGGUACAAUUAAGUCAUAUAAUGUUUGCAUAGGUUGAUAAAGCUCCUGAAUUCUAGGUUUUGUGUUCUUCAUACUGAAAAAGAUGAGACCUUUGUAGGUUGUGGAUUUGAAUGCUGUUAGCUUUUGGGUCCACUUCCUUGUUUCUACAGAAAAUGCCAUUUCUUGAAUUAAUUACCCUUUGAAGUUUUCUGUUGUGUGUUGAAUAUGGCUGAAAUUAGACUUACCAAGGUAGAGCAGGGUCAAACCAAGGUUAAGAAUGUUCCAAUUGCUGUUACCCCAGAGGGGUUUUGGUGUUGUCCCUCCCCAGUAGUGUUUCAGAAGUCUGUUAAGUCACAGAAUCCUCUAAACAAGCCCAAAUCGUCGCCCCCGACCACCCAAACCUCGUCUCAGAAGAAACAAACAUCUGUAGCUGAGAAAAGACCAGCUAGUAAUGCUCCACCUAGGUCAAAUGUUGUUGCCGAUGAGCUAAAAGGUCUCACUUCCGAGGCUCCCAGUGUCAGUACCUCGGUGGCAACAGAGCGAGGGCCUCACCCGAAGAUUGAGAAUGUGGCUAGGAAGGUGUCUAUUGAGUUUGGUGAACCGGGGACUAGUGAUCUGAGAGUAAUUUUGCUCGGGAAGCAGGGAUUUGCGGUGAAGUUGAAUGUCCACAGGGGUAUUCUAGUAGAGAAUAGCAGUUUCUUUGCCAACAAAAUAUCACAGCAGCAGCCCGUUUUCCCCUGUAUCGAGGUCGAUGAUUGCGAGGAUGUUGAGAUAUAUGUCGAAACUGUUGGCCUGAUGUACUGCAAAGAUUUGAGGCAGCGAUUGAUCAAGCAAAGUGUUGCUCGUGUCCUACGGAUUCUCAAGGUCGCAGAACAUCUUGGCUUCAAACAAUGCAUGCAGUCAUGCUUAGAAUACUUAGAAGCAGUCCCUUGGGUGGGGGAAGAAGAAGAAGAAAAGGUAGUUUCUUCGAUUUUACGUCUACAAGGUGAGGGAAUUGGGGUGAACCCGGUGUUGAAACGAGUGUCCUCUGAUAUUUCGAGGCCUCCAAAAGACACUUUCUCGCAGAUAUUGGAAUUGGUGCUCAAGAGUAACGAGGAAAGAGGUCGUCGGGAAAUGAAAUCCAUAGUACUGAAGCUCCUUAGAGAAAACAACAGUCUUCCGAGCUCUGCAGGCUCGGUUGACAUUUGUAACGAAAUACUUUACACCUCGUGCAGAAGCUGCCUGGAUUCGUUGUUGAAUCUGUUCGAACGAGCUGCAGAACCCGAGCUUAGCAACAGCUCGGUUGGGUGCAGAGAGCCAGGGGCGAAGCAGAUCGCCUUACAGGCGGAUAACCUCACGUGGAUGCUGGAAAUGCUAAGCGACAGGCAAGCAGCAGACGGGUUCGCGACGUUGUGGGCUAGCCAGCAAGAGUUGGCCUCGCUGCACCCGAGGCUUCCCACUAUCGCCCGCCACCACGUCAGCUGCAUCACAGCGAGGCUGUUUGUUGGGAUAGGCAGAGGCGAGAUCCUUCCCUCGAAGGACACCCGCCAUCUCCUGUUACAGACGUGGCUGCAGCCGUUGAUAAACGACUACAGCUGGCUGCAACACAGCAGCAGAUCGUUCGACAGGAAGGUCGUCGAGGAAGGCAUCGGGAGGACUAUCCUGACGCUCCCUCUCGAGGAGCAGCAGAGCAUUCUGCUCUCUUGGCUCGACACCUUUCUCAAGGCGGGCGAUAACUGCCCGAACCUCCAGAGAGCCUUCGAAGUGUGGUGGCGCCGCACUUUCAUCAGACCCUACACCGAAGCAGAAAGCGUUGGCCAAACAGGCAACUCUGCAGCACCACAGGUGUUACACUCAGUAUCUGAAAACCAAGAAACAAGUGAAGAAUUGUAGAUUCAAGGAAUCAUUUCUGACUGUCCGUAUUUCAUUCCCGACUACCAACUGAGCUAUCUGUGCGGGUUUCAUUACUUGACGACCAACGAUGUUGUUGUAUGAUUGAGCUUUAAUUGCUUAUUGAAUGUAUGUAUUUAGAUGUAUCUGAAAAGGGAUGUAAUACAUGUCUCAUUGGUGUGUUUUCUGUCAUCCUAAGGUUGUUUAAUGUAGUCUGAGUUUUGACUCUAACUUCUGUGGUUGUUUAAUGUAGUAUGAGUGCAUACAAUUUACCACAUGAAUGUACACAAUCUAUUCAUAGUUCGCAAGUUCA